AUGGUCAGCAGCAAGCGUAAGAGGGUCCUCGAAGACUUCGACCCGAACAAGUCGGAUCCAGAGGAUGAAAAUUUCAACCCUACAGAAGAAGGUCCUCGCAGAACCUCCAAGAAGGCACGCCCAGCUGGAGGUCGUCCUGGGAGAAAGAGGGGCCACAGGUACCGAGGAUCCGACAUUGAAGAUGAUGGAGAAGAGCUUUCCGAUAGCCAAGAAGAUUCAUUUCUCGAGGAUGAGGAUGACGACGAGGACGCCCCCAUCAACGCCGCCGGUCGCAAGACCCGCAAAGUAGCCGCCAACCCCCAAAACUAUGCCGAGAGCAGCGAGGAAGAAGCCCAGAUUAGUGAUGUCGACCAAGUGGAAAGCGCCGAUGAAGCGCAAGAUCGAAAACCAACCCGGUCCUCCAGCCGUGUCGUCAAGCUCAAGGUUUCCAGCGCCGCCCUCUAUGACGUUCCGCGCCGUGCUACCAGGGCCACUUCGGCUAAUCAAGAAGAUCUUGUCGAACUGUCUAUCUCUGGCCGCCAUGCUGUUGUAUCCCGGGGCUCCGCGAGCCGUAGCCCAGAACCUAUUACCCGCAGAAGCUCUCGCGCGUCCAAGGGCGUCAAGCUGCCUCCCGAGACUAUUGACGAAGCCACACAAGAGAGCAGUCUCAAGGAUGCUGGUCUUGACGAUGAUGACCUUGAUGAACUGGAAAAGGACAUCCGUAAUCUGCACAAACCCAAGGAUGCUGAUGAAACUAUGCAAGACAUUGAAAAGGUCGAAAAUCCUGACGACACUGGUGCCGCCAACGACGACGAUGAUGACGACGAUAUCCCUACCACCCGCAGAACGCGAGCUGCACGCGCCGAAGUUGUGGUAGAUGACGAGGAGGAGGAUCAGGGUGCCACUUCGAGGCCCAAUCGACGACUGACGCGUAAAUCGAGCGCCCGCAAGUCCACACAAGAACCUAGUAGUGACUUUGAACCUGGCGACGACUCGGAAGAUGCCGCCUCCGACAUGGGAAAAGAUGCUGCGGAUGAUAACCUCGAUAGUCCUACCCCGCUUGGAAGAGGCGGACGCCAGUCUCGUUCGGCAGGAGCAUCCCGCCACCACUCUGGUGACGAAGAGGCUGACCUGGACUUGGAUGAGCUCAACGAAGAAGCCCGUGAAUUGAGAAAAUCAUCGCGGUCCCGCCGACGCCGAGAAGAGACGCCGAUUGCAUAUCAAGAAAACACGCGCCGCUCCCGCGCCCGGGUCAACUAUUACAUGCCUCCCCUCACCUCUGCAAACAUCGAGGACGACGGUGAGGACCCGGCUCCCACCCCCGCCCGCCGACGCCGCGGUGCUGCCAGCACUGUAUGGGACCGAAACCUCAAUACUACAUUCGGACCCUUUGGUGGUGGUGGUGCUGUUGGCUCCCUGCUCAACGGCCCGUGGGGCACUGGUGCUACUGGCGGUGUCGAUUCGGACAGCAGUGACGAUGAAAUGGUGCACCGCUCCAGUAUUGCCAACAACCCCGGCAUGACUCCCACCUCAGCUGCUCCAAGCGGCCUGUUACCUGGCUUGCCCGCCAUGAACGCAGAUGGGGGUAUCCCGAACGUCGGCCUGAUCAAGGACCGCAAGGCGUUGGCCGAUGCUGAUCCUCUCGGCGUCGACCUGAAUGUCGACUUCAGCAAAGUGGGUGGCUUACAAGGUCAUAUUGACCAACUCAAAGAAAUGGUCCAGCUACCUCUGCUCUACCCAGAGCUUUUUACGAGGUUUCACGUCACCCCUCCUCGCGGUGUGUUGUUUCAUGGACCCCCCGGUACUGGUAAGACAUUGCUCGCAAGAGCACUUGCCAAUUCGGCCGGCCAUGGAGGCCGUAAGAUUUCCUUUUACAUGCGCAAGGGUGCCGAUGCACUGAGCAAGUGGGUUGGUGAAGCCGAAAAGCAGCUUCGUCUCCUGUUUGAGGAAGCUCGCAAGAACCAACCCAGUAUCAUCUUCUUUGAUGAAAUUGACGGCUUGGCACCAGUUCGAUCAAGCAAGCAAGAACAAAUUCAUGCUUCCAUCGUCUCCACGCUAUUGGCACUGAUGGACGGCAUGGACGGCCGUGGCCAGGUCAUUGUUAUUGGUGCCACCAACAGACCCGACAACAUCGAUCCUGCGCUUCGACGUCCUGGUCGAUUUGACAGAGAAUUUUACUUUCCACUGCCCGACAUUGACGGCAGACGCUCCAUUCUCGAUAUUCAUACUAAAGACUGGGGUAUGGCUGAAGACUUCAAAGCCUCACUUGCGGAAAAGACAAAGGGCUAUGGCGGUGCUGACUUACGCGCGCUAUGUACUGAGGCCGCGCUCAACGCCAUCCAGCGAACCUAUCCUCAGAUUUACGCCUCAGAGGAAAAGUUGCUGGUCGAUCCUUCCAAGAUCAAUGUGCAUGCGUCCGACUUCAUGCUCUCAAUCAAGAAGUUGGUUCCGUCGUCCGAGAGAUCUGCCACCUCUGGCGCUAGCCCACUGCCGGCUACCAUUCAACCUCUAUUGCAGGAUCAGUUUGAGAAGAUCAAGCGGGCCCUCGAUGUGGUGAUGCCGCGCCGGAAGAAGACGACUGCUCUGGAAGAGGCCAUGUACGAGCCGUAUGCCGACGACGACCAUGGCUUUGGGCGUGAAACUCUACACCAAGACUUUGAUCGCACUCGUGUGUUCCGCCCUAGACUGCUUAUCCACAGCAGCCCAGGCAUGGGCCAAAGCUACAUUGCUGCGGGUAUUCUGCAUUAUCUGGAAGGCGUGCACGUGCAAAACUUUGAUCUGCCCAGCUUACUUGCUGACGGCCGCGCUAUGGAGCAAGUCAUUGUCGGCCUGUUUACUGAAGUUCGACGUCACAAGCCGAGUGUCAUUUACAUUCCCAACAUUGAUGUCUGGUACGAUACACUGGCUGGUACAGUUGCGCUCGUUACCUUUACGACAAUGCUCAAAUCCAUAGCACCUACAGAUCCGGUGCUUCUCCUUGCAACAGCAGAACGUACCAAGGAGGAAUUUGCCGCCAGCCCGAACCUAAUUUCCGACUUCUUCGGGUACUCUCGCGACAGCCGCAUCGAGAUUGCACCUCUAGAGCGACCAGCUCGAUUUGCCUUCUUUCGCAAGACCUUGGAGCUCAUCAAGCUCCCGUCUAAAAAGUUCCCCGAGCCGAACACGCGAGAGAAGCGAAAACUAGAGGAGCUACCUCCAGCACCGAAGAUUGAGCCCGCCCCACCAACCAAGGCGGAAAUUAAAGCAUUGAAGAAGAAGGAUCACCAAUUUCUCAACGCUCUCAAGAUCCAGCUGCAGCCCAUCAUGGAUCAGAUCAAUCGCAGGUACAAAAAGUUCCGCCAGCCCGUCAUUCCUCAGGCGCAGAUUGAAUACUUAUUUGCCGAGUCGGACCCCAACUUUGUGCGGCCUGAUAUUGGAGCAGCAGAGAAUCGUCCCUUUGAGAUUGUGAAGGACAAGAAUGAUAUCGAUGUGCUGCGAGACACCGUUACUGGAAAGACAUUUUAUAAUCUUGAAACGACAACCAUCGAAGAAAGACUUUCUAACGGCUACUACGCUCGCCCCAAAGACUUCUUGUUCGACAUCAGAGCAAUUGCUAAAGAUGCGAAGAAUAUUGGCGACAAGGAAAGGACACUUAAGGCGAAUGAACUCUUGAGCAAUGUGGAGGUUGAUAUCGCCAGCAUUGAGAACAGCACUGCUAGCAUGUUUGACUGGGAGGCGCUAUACCAGCGACAGCUACAACGAACCAAGCAGAAGGCCGAGAAAGAGAGACAAAGAAAGGCCCAGGCUACAAACCUGGCCCUGGAGCGAGUUCAAUCUGAUAUUGGUGGCGGCAACGAAAGUGAUUCUCUAGGCCCGGUCACCCUCGGCGUGCCAGUUCCGGAGGACACCAGGACCACAGCUAGGUUCCAGCUGCGAAGUCCCGAACCUGCAGCAGACGCACAUGUCCUGAGCAAUGGCGACUCGGCCCUUUCAAAGGAUGUGGACGUUGAGAUGAGCGGGACAGGUGAAGGAACCCAGUCGGUAUCGCAAGUGAUGGGUCCGCCACCUUUCAAGUCCCCAGGUCCUACGCAGCCGUCACAGCGAUCUGCUGUCACCUCUCUCCCACCUGGUGUGCCACCCUCGGCCGUAGCCAAUGACGCAUCGACCACUAAGACGUCUGAUCUUUCGUCCAAGCAAGGCUUAUCGAACUGGGGCACUCCUCAGACAAACGGUAACUCUUCUCAAGGUAGGGACGAUCCGGAUAUCCCCGACACGUUCCCUACCGUGCCUGGCCAGACCCCCACGCCUCAGAGCCAGGAACCCUGGCCACACUCUCAGAUACCAGGCCUGGCCGCUGAUAUUAUAAGCGCGGCAAGCUCUCUCGCCCGGCCGAUAUCGAGUUCGCAGCUGCAGGGCUCAGGCGAGCCCAAAUUGCAGCCGCCGUCACCGUCGCAACCUAAGGAGCUUGAGCCGUAUGUGGCGCAACUGGAAGACUACGUCGCGGACCACACCAGCGGCUUCUCCGUCGAGCAGCUGGAACAGAUUAAUCGCGAGAUGAUGGACAAGCUUUGGCAGUCGCGUAACGAGUGGAACAGACUGAACGCGUACUAUUCGGUCAAGGGCAUUUUUGAUAGAGUACUUGCGGAAAUGGAGUCGUUGCAGCAAGCGCCACUCGGCAGCAGCCCUUGA